UUUUUUUACACUGAUUGCUUUUACAUCCAUAAAGGCUGUAAAAGCAAUGAUUUCUCAUUCUCUCUGGCUGCAUUCUUGCAGCCAUUGAGAAAUACUGUGCGAGCUGUGAUUGGUCACAGCUUGUCACAUGGUACAAGGCUGUUGUGAAUAGCCUUGUACCAUGUGAUCUCUGUGAUCAUUCACAGAUUUCACAAUGAUGUUAGGAAGUGACAUUGGCCAAUCAGUGAUCACAUGCAGAGUAGUAAGCAAGAUGUCACUUCUGACAUCAUUGCUUACUACGUGUGAAAUCUGUGAAUGAUCACAGAGGUCACAUGGUACAAU